AUGCUGGACCAGAAAUCGAUAGACCAUUUGAUCCGUCUCAAAGACGCCCUUGAUCGUGAACCUCACGUCUCGGACUCGGACGAAAGCGACACUAACAUUUCAACCAACCGAGGAAACAAGCUGAAGCGGGCAGCUGAGGAUGUGCAUAUGACCAAGUUGCCCGCCCCUCCUCUCGGCAACCAUCGGCUCAAGAUUGUCGAGUACAACGGCGUUCGGAGACCAGUCCUCUACAAGCGCCGACGACGGGAUGAUAACGACGACAACGACGAUGAUGACGGCAAUAACGACGAAAACCCAGAUAAUAACGAUGAUGACGAUGAUGACUCUAAUCCUUACCGAGGCAUCCAGCUGGAGGAGAUCUUAGCUCCCCUCACCCAUCCCGCAGACCUGCCCCACCACAAGUCUAUGGCACGAACAAUGACGUCGACAACACUGCGAACUCUCUCUACACGAGCGCUCGACGUGAUCUGCCAGGAACAAAAGCACGUGGUGCAGUUCAUGAAGCUCAUGUCCGUUUUUCUCGGAGAUGACCCAUCGUACAUUCUGGCUGACAACAUGCAAUUGCCAGAUUAUGACAUGGAGGAAGGUGAGGAUGCUCCGCGAAGAACUCGUCAGCUUGCCACCCAGGAGAUUGACCCGUUUUUCGCCCUUCCUCAGAUUCCCUACGACCGAGACUUUGGUAUCAAUCGAGAUGCUGCUGAGGAGACUCGACAGCUGACCCAGAUUGCUCUUCAGCGGUGCGAGGAGUUUAUCCGAUGUAUCACUUCUGUGCGAAUGGGGCUGUUGCGUGCUGAUCGGUUCAGAGGCCAGGUUUACCGAUGGUGCAAGGAGAUGGGCGAUCAGGGCAACGAGAACGAGAGCGAGGAGCAGUCCUCCGAGGAGUAG